AUGCCGACGGAGCCUUGGUCCCUAACUGCGCAGCAGUUCGGUCCCAGGGUGUUCGGGCGCACGUCGCAUCAGCGGGAGUCCUCUCUCUCGUCACUGGGGUCGACAGGCCCAGCGUCGCCGUACAACCCCACCAUUGCUAACCCGCAGAUCGCUAUCGACCCGGCCGGUGAUGGCUUUGGCGACAUGCAGAUUCACGAGGAAGCAAAUCAAUACUACGAUCUGGCGAAGUCGCUCUCAGCACAGGACGGCUUGUACACUGGUUACCACAGUAUGAACAACCUUGAGCACCCCGAGAUGGGUUACCCUUCGACAAUACCCAUCCAGCGGGCGAGGACCGAGAGGGGCGGGCUGCUCCCGACUCCCGAGUUCACGACCGGCCAGAACCGGUCGCACCCGGGGUCAGUGGCGAGCUCUUCGGUCGGCGGUGACUCACCGGCUACCCCUACGCAGGGCGAGUCCGAAGAGGACAACAACUGCAAUAGAAGGAGAACAAUGAGUAAGACGGCCCUGUGGCCGACCAUGGUCCUCUGCAGCACGCUAAAUGAUCUCGACGCAGACACAUUCCAUGAUCCCCCCAAGCUUGAUCGUACCAUGACGGACAUCUACAGCGACGAGCUCUACAACCCCAACUUCACGAUCACGUCGUCGUCGUCACCGCAGCAGAGCCAGGUGGCGAUGUCGCCGAGCAGCGACGUCUUCUCGCAGAGGCUACACGCUGCGAACAACCAGCAUCUCAGCACGGCUCACUCGCCUGCCAGUUCGGUAGUGUCGAGAGAGAGGUCGCCGUUGCGCCAGGACUCUCCGAUGGUCCAGAACGUGAACGCCAACAGCAGCAACUUCGCCAACUCCCUGCCACCGACGCGGUUCGCUUUCAACUCGGCACAUCAGAUGAGGGAGAGGGAAAAGGCAGAACAAGAUGCGCUGAUGAUGAGGCACCACCUGAGUCAGCAACAAAAGUCCGAGCAUGAGACGCCCGAGACGAUUUCCCCCAAGGAUGCCAUGCUCGAAUUCCCAGGGUCGGAGGACAGCAACUAUGCUCCCCUGUUCCCUCAACCGGAUGCGAGCUUUGGUGGGGCUAUGGACCAAAUGUCCAAGAUGACGCCGGCGAAUGACCAGCUUUCCAUGUUCCAGAGGCAUGGGGGCCACCAAGUCAACGAUGUCUCUUUCUCGUUUAUGCACCCCACCUCCCAACUGUCGGCCAAUAUGCACAUCCCCCAACACUAUCCCUUUAUUGCAGAGCCUCGGCAACAGCAGCAUCAACAGCAGCAGCAGCAGCAUGUACAGAUGCAGCAGCAGCGACAACAGCGACAACAGCAACAAAAUUCUCCCGCUCGUCUGAGCUCCGUCGAAUCGAGCUCGCCCAGCGCGCUGGGCACUCCUGUCAGCUUGCAGAAGCCAGCGGGUGCUUCGGCCGACGGGGGCACCUACACUUGCACAUAUCACGGCUGCACUCUCCGGUUCGAGACGCCCGCGCUUCUCCAGAAGCAUAAGCGGGAGGGUCACCGCCAUUCUCAAGGCACGGGCCCUCGUCGGGCGGAGCAUACUUCUUCCACGCCAGCAGAAGAGGCCGUUGUGGACACGCAGGCCGGCCCUCACCGCUGUGACCGGAUCAACCCCGGCACUGGAAAGCCGUGCAACACGAUUUUCUCUCGUCCCUACGAUCUCACGCGGCACGAAGAUACGAUUCACAACGCGCGGAAGCAGAAGGUCCGGUGCAAUCUCUGCACGGAAGAGAAGACGUUCAGCCGGGCCGAUGCGCUUACCAGGCAUUACCGCGUCUGUCAUCCCGAUGUGGAGCUCCCCAGCAAGUACAGACGACGCGGUAACCAUAACUGA